AUGGGUGACGCUGGUGCAGCGCUGCCUGACCAGCAACAUGGAGGCAUGGCAACCACACUGGGACCUAAUCCUGGAGCGACUUUUGACUAUGCAGAAGAGUCUCCUGAAGGACCAUACCGUGUCCUCCAGCAGUAUCAUUCGCAACCUACCAAGCUGAGAGUGGCAUGUGUUGGAGCUGGUGCCUCCGGAUUAUGCCUGGCUUACAAGAUGGAACGAAUGCUCGUCCCCGGGUCUUGGGAGUUGACCUUAUUCGACAAGAACCCUCAAUUUGGUGGCACCUGGUACGAAAAUACCUAUCCGGGGGUCGCUUGUGAUAUCCCCUCCCAUCUAUACACAUUCACAUUCGAUCCGAAUCCUGAAUGGUCAUAUUACUUUGCAUAUGGUGAUGAAAUACAAAGGUACUUUGAGGGGUUUGCCGACAGAUAUGGAUCACGAAAGUACAUGAAGCUCAAUACGAAAGUGGUGGAAUGUCGCUGGAUCGAAGAGCGAAGUAUCUGGGAGAUCACCGUUGAAGAUCAAAUAUCCAAAGAAACCUGGAUGGACUGGGCUCACUGUGUGGUCAAUGGCACGGGAAUCCUGAACAACUGGAAAUGGCCCGAGAUCGAUGGACUCCACGACUUUAAGGGUCCAUUAAUGCACUCAGCAGCCUGGAACCACGAUGUCGACUUCAAAGGAAAAACAGCCGCCGUCAUUGGGACUGGCUCAACGAGCGUCCAGAUUGUCCCACAACUGCAACAAAUAUGUGACAAAGUCUCAGUAUACAUGCGCAGUCCAACAUGGAUCUCUCCACCUUUUGGGGCCGGGGCCCUAGCCUCGGAUCUGCAAAACGGCACAGAAGCAGACCCAGGCCACCGGCAAUACAAGUUCACCGAAGAAGACAAGAAGAAAUUUAGAGAAAACCCAGAGUAUCACCUCAACUUUCGGAAAAGGAUCGAGGCCGAAAUCAACGGCCUUUUCGGCAUGUACCGACAAGGAAGCGAACUGUCGAAUCUAUUCCGCAAAGUUAUCACUGAGGAAAUGCACCGACGCAUGGGACCCGGGCAUGAGAAGCUCAAAUCCUUCAUCAUCCCCAAGUGGGCGCCAGGCUGUCGACGCAUUUCUCCCGGUGACGGCUAUCUCGAAGCCCUGGUGCAGCCAAACGUGGAGACAAUCUUCAGCGGGAUCAAAAAGGUCACUGCAGACGGGAUCGUGACGGAAGACGGGACGGAGCACAAAUGUGACAUCCUCGUCUGCGCGACAGGUUUCCAAGUCGCGUUCAAGCCCGCGUUCAAGGUUAUCAAUGGCGCAGGCAAAUCUGUUCAGGAAGACUGGGGCGACGGCGUGAACCUGUACUUCGGUGUUUCCGCCCCUCGCUUCCCGAAUUACUACACCAUUGUCGGUCCUGGUGCCACGUGGUCGAACGGGACACUUCUCCCGUCCAUCGAGACGACGAUCGAGUAUAGCGUGAAGUGCAUGCGAAAGAUGCAGCACGAGACAAUCGAGAGCAUGGCCGUCAAGCAGGAGGCGCUGGACGAUAUCUACGCACACUUUGACGAAUUCCACAAGAAUACUGUGUGGAAGGAGGAAUGUAGGAGUUGGUUUAAAGAUGGGAAGGUUAAGAAUCGGAUUUAUUUGUGGCCCGGACCGACGAUCCAUUUCUUAAAGACGAUUAGGGAUCCGCGGUUUGAGGACUAUGACAUCAAGUACCGAUAUAAGAAUAGGUUUGCAUUCUUGGGCAAUGGUGAUAUGAAGGCUCAUGCCACAGGUGAUACAAUGGGAUUGGCGAGAUACGUGCGCUCCAACGACGAUGAGUGGUUCGUGGAUUAG